CACAAAACGAAACUAACUUAGCUUUAUAGCAAGACACGAAGGCGUUGUUUGAUAACCUAUAUUAUGUUUCUCUCGCUUGAGAAGUCCAAAUUAUGUGGAAAAACUAGCGUGAAAAAUUUCGCUAAGUCAAAAUAGAGUCCGGACACUAAUAUAUAAGAUAUGUAAGCAAGCAAACUGCUUAGAUUUGUGUCUUCUUGAGAAUGGCUUGUUGCCCGACGGAAGAAAAGUAUGGCUACGACGAUAGUCGUUUUGAGAAAGCUGUCGAUGCCCACUUUCAUUGCUCUAUCUGCUACAAUGUUCUGAAGGAACCAAUGAUGUGUAGAAAUAAUGAACACAUAUUUUGUCGUGGCUGUAUCACUGAACAUUUAACUGUGAACUCGCAUACUUGUCCAGAAUGCAACGAGGACUUGACUGUCGAAACCCUUCGUAAAGCGCGUCUGGUGAGCAAUAUUUUAUCUGAACUCAAGAUAAAGUGCGAUUAUUCUAACCGAGGUUGUCAUGAGUUCAUUCGUCUGGAAGAGCUGGAUUCUCACGUCGAGAACUGCGGUUUUGCGCCGGUGAAAUGCUCAAAUGAGGAAUGUCAACUCGUGGUUGAUAAGCGAGAGUUAAUUCAUCAUGAGAGCACAGUAUGCGAGUACAGGAAAGCCAAAUGUCAUAACUGUAUGAAGAUCGAGCAAGAUGUGGACGGAAUGAAGAAGCAAAUGCAAGGCCUCGCAUCUAAAGAAGAUGUAAAGGCACUUAUGGAAAAAUUAAGCUUCCUUGAAAACACCAUUCAAAUUUCAUCUGCAAUCAACCACGCAUCGAAUGCCUUAAUGGAGGAUAUCUUGGUAGCUGGGGGCUGGGACAGUGAUGGUAAUGUUUUAAAAUCUGUUGAGAGAUUUUCGUGGAAGAAGAAUGUGUGGGAAAGAGUGUCCUCAAUGAACGUUGGUCGUAAAGGAGCAACGUCGUUUAUUCGUGGGAAUCAAGUAUUUAUCGUUGGCGGAUGCUGUGGUGUUAUUGAGGUGCUCGAUUUGAACGGAGAUCUGCUGGAGUGGGGUAUACUUAAGGUCACUUUGGUUCACCAAUGCGAACGUCUCCGCUCCGUCGUUUAUCAGAACCGUGCAGUUCUGUUUUGCGCAUGCGGUGCGACUGAUUAUUGUGCAAAACUUAGUCUUACUGCACCUUACACAUGUAAGCAGUUGUGUAAAAUGCCUGAACCGGCAAGAAGAGAUUACACUGUGGUUGCAUUUGAGCACAAAGUCUUCAUUUUUGGAGGACGGUAUGCUAUCAAUUUUGAUCUUCUUCAUAGCGUUUUAGAGUUUGAUACUAACACGCGUGAAUUUAAAGCGAUGCCUCCAUUGCCCUGUGCCUUAUAUAGUACGACAGGUGUUCGUUGGGGGGAUCAAGCAAUUUUGGUUGGAGGCUCGGAUAAUGAUGGCCAAUCAAAAAAAGUUUUCAUGUACGAUUCCAAAACAGGAAACACCACUGAAUUGCCAUCUAUGUUAGAAGAAAGAGCUGGAUGCUGUGCUGUUAUUACAGGCAAUACAAUUGUUGUGAUGGGUGGACGGGGAAAGACGACUGGUCGUGUUAGAUCUGUUGAAACUUUCACUUUGGGAGGUUAUACCUGGAGAUAUCUUCCUGCCAUGAAUGAAAUUAGAAGUGGCGCCACUGCUAAUCUUUUACCAACGAAAAACAUUCAUUGAUGUGUAUUUGUGGCAAUAUAUGCUAGAGACAAACAGAAGUCACAGAAUGCAACUUUUGUAUGAUGGUACUAACUAGAGCUUGAUGCUGUAUAUUCAAAACAAUUCCACAUAGCCGUAGGUUAUUGUGAGUGUCGCAAACUGUCCUUAUUAUAUCAUUUAGCACUGUUUUAAUUAGAUUAAAUUUUAGAUUAAUUAGAAUAAUAACAUUACAACUAUGAUUGCAUGGACAUAAUAAGGGACCAGUCAUAAAGUAUAGGGGGCUGGAGAAAUCAAAUUUUCAACUGUAUAUUUUUCCUUGGCCCACCCCUGGAAGAAGGCUUAAUUAUCAAUGGCCCACCCUUAAAGUCAUGCACAAAAAUUAAUGACCCAUCCGGGAAACUCAUGGAUCUAUUUUUUACAUGUUUCUAAUUCAGUUUUAUACAUCACUGAUUUAUUGCUUGGAAAACACCAAACGUUACAUACGACUUUUUUAUAAUAAAGUAAAAUCCAAUCCUACGGAGUGUAAUUGUUAAUUUAACCCUUACAGAUCACGUAUUGCCAAACGUCCCUAUCCCUGUCAUUUAAGCUCCCUUCACCAUUUAGGAUGCAAUCACCUACAGUCACAUGAUCACACUACGAUAGAUCCUACUCCACCCUUACCAUCACAAUCACUUAAACUCACUGUACUAUCGAGUAAGCUAGCUCUAAAAGGACCUGUCAUUUGCUCUACUUCAAAAUUAAUUUAUCAUUAAGUCUGUUUUCUUUGAUAUCACCUUCAAUAUUAAUUAGCUGGAAAGAUGAAGGAAAACUCAGAAAAUGGUCGUUCAAAGCAGACAAAAGUUUGUUGGAAAACUUCCUUAAUGAUGAAUUAAAUAUGAUAAACACCUCGAAAGUCGGGAUUUAUGUCAGAUAAUAUCAAGAUAAUGUCAUUAUCUGACAUAAAUCCCUCUUUCUUGGUGUUUAUCCUAUACUUAACUGAAAAGAUAAACAAUAAUGAAAUGUCCCGCACCAACAAGACCUUUGGUAGGAUAACUUGACUAAUAACAUGUAGUAGUUAUAUCAGUUUUAUCUUUCCACCUUUCAUUUUUGUUAAUACUGGGUAAUUGGUUAUUUUCAAUAACUUCGUAAUAAUUUUUUUCUCUUGGUCUCACAUUAUUAUCCGAACUCCUUCCUUCUCCUCCGCAAAUUUUACCUACAAUCCCCUUAAAAAACCCUGCUGAAGAAGACUGUUAGAUUGAAACGCGUACAUGGGUUGCCUUUCCUACUCAUUUUCAAUCUCUCGCCUUUUAUAUCAUGUCCCACAAAAUAUUUCACCUUUUUUAGUUCCUAUAAUCGUAGUUUCCAUAGUUUACAUUUAUUGACAUAUAUGUUCACCAUAGGAGCCGAAGUAUAUAACAACCAUUUUGAAUACUGGUCCUCUAAUUAUUUCCUUCAUUAAAACUUACGAACAAGUUAGUACACUGCGUUCAUAUAUACAUUAAAGUUUGUGUAAUAUGAAAAGUUUAGGUUGGUCAUGCAUUGUCAGGAUGUUAGCUAGCCCAUAUACUGUCCGUUUGACGGACUCUUCCCAAUUGAAGUAGCUAAAGGGCUCUCCCAACUGGGUCUACUGGAAGAAUUUCAUUUUUUUAUGAGAAAGUGCAUUGCAUUUGAUUUUAUAUUAUACUAUUAUAUCAAAGAAUGUUUUAUUUACUUUUUCCCAUUAACUAUUUUCUCAAAAUGUAUCGCGUUUCAUUCAUAUUGGGUAUGUAUUCACUGAAAUGAAAUGUACAACACAAAGUGUAAUCGGUGUGCAUCCGUGUUCAUUUACCGGAAAUGAAAUAUACAAAACGAAGUGCCAUCGGGUGCAUUUUUCAGUGUUCAUUCACCGGAAAUGAAAUAUACAAAACGAAGUGCCAUCGGGUGCAUUUUUCAGUGUUCAUUCACCGGAAAUGAAAUGUACAAAACCAAGCUACCGUUGUUUGCAUCUAAGGAGAAACACGUUGGAAAAAAACACUAUUUAUUCCUACACAAGGACUUAGAUUGGUAAAAAAAGAACUUUCCCAAUUUACGUUUAACGGACAAAACUUUUUUCUGGCUAACACCCUGACAAUGUGAGCUUGAAUAAUCCUUAACAGUUAGCCCAUUGAGUUGCAUUGCGCCCUGAUGCACCCCACUUUAUUAUUUUACUCUGUCUAAUGCCAGAUUAUUUUACUCUGUCUAACGGCAGACCAUUUUUCUGACCAAGGGGAAAGCGUUAAUUGUCGCUUAUGGGUUUAUUAACAGUGUAAAUUGAAACAUAUUCACACAUGACCCACCCCAAAUGUAACGCACAAUUUUCUCUGGCCCACCCUUUUUUGCAAGCAUGAAAAUGGUGCCCCCGCCCCCUAUACUUUAUGACUGGUCCCUAAUCAAUAAUAAAAUUACAUACGAAUAUAGACAACUAUGGUAGGUAGGUUUAUUAAAAAAAAAUACAUCGUAGCCUUAGCACAUGGCUGAAUUACGUAAUUUACACAUUUGAAUAUUCCAUUUGAUUAUAAUAACAUAUCAAUAAGGAUUAUAGUAUAUACUCCAAUAUAAGAAGUAAUUUAAAAAUU